CGAGUGUUGAGCGUCUCACUUAAACCUCAGCAGUCACACAGGAGAGAUGAGCUCUGUGCAGGAGGUGAAUCCCAGGGUGCUCAGGAUCCGAGCCCCGACGUGCCUGCAGAGAGAGGCUGCACGCAUCACGCAGGAGAUCUCACAGGGAGCAGAGAAACCCUUCAAGAAGGUGAUUGAUGUCAGUUCAGGGGAUCCCCACAGAGCGGGAAUGGCUCCCAUCUCAUUUGUUCGCCAGGUCUUGGCAGCAUGUUUGUACCCUGAGCUCCUCAAAGAAGAAAGCCUGCCUCUGGACGCCAGGCAGAGGGCCGAGAGGCUUCUGGGCGCCUGUGGAGGGAGCGUAGGUUCGUACUCUGUAACCUCCAGAGGUAUACCUCAUGUCCUGCAAGGUGUUGCUGAGUUCAUCACGAGGCGAGAUGGUGGAGUGACUUCAGACCCAGAAAGCAUCGUGUUCUCCACUGGCGCUCAGAAGAAUCUGUUGCUGGUUUUGCACCUGAUGGCCAGUGGGGAGGGGGAGGCUCAGACGGGUGUGUUGACCCCGGUGCCCUGCCCACACACUUUGCCCAUGCUGUUGGACGCGUGCGGGGUGACAGCGGUGCCGUACCUGCUGAUGGAGGACCAAGGCUGGGCUUUAGACCUGGUCGAACUGCACCGAGCGCUGAAGACCGCCAGGGGGUGCUGUGAGCCCAGAGCCCUUUAUAUCAGCAACCCAGGGAACCCCACAGGUCAUGUGCAGGACAGGAAGACAAUAGAGGACGUGAUUCGUUUUGCUGCGUCCGAGGGGCUCGUCCUGUUGGUUGAAGAGGUGUACCAGGACAGCACGUAUGGGCAGCAAAAAGAGUUUAUUUCCUAUAAGAGAGUCCUGUUUGACAUGGGAAAAAAGUACUCAGAGACAGUGGAGCUGAUCUCCAUAAAUUCCAUAUCGAAUGCCAGCAUGGGAGAAUGUGGUCUGAGAGGAAGUUAUAUGGAAGUGAUUAACUUAGACCCCGCAGUCAACAAGUAUUUAAGAAACAUGCAGGCCACCUCCAGCCCUCCGAUUUUACCGCAGCUCGCCCUGGACGUGAUGGUCAGUCCGCCCUCACCUGGAGAUCCUUCCUAUGAAACGUACAGACAGGAGAUUCUCCACAUCCAGACGACUCUGUCCCUGAAUGCUCAGCGUGCUCAUGAGUUCCUGAAUGAUCUGCCGGGCGUGAGCUGCCAGCCAGCGAUGGCGGGAGUCUUUCUUUAUCCCCGUCUGCGUCUACCACCUCAGAUGAUAGAGGAGGCCAAGAAGUUGGGGGUGGAGGCAGAUGUGCUUUACUGUCAGUGGUUGCUGGAGGAGGAAGGUGUGUGUUUGGGAGCAGGCUGCGAGAACGGACACGAAGGUCAAAACUACCACAUCAGACUGUGUGUUUUGGCUCCUCCUGCCACCCUGGAGGAGGUCCUGGCACGACUUUGUUCUUUCCACCUGCGCCUGUUGGACAGAUUUCCCUGACAGAAAUGUCAAGGACACACACGUUUUUACACAAUUUACACGAUUAUCCUCCAGCGACAGUAAUUUUUGUAUUUUUAACUGGAAAUGCUUCAAUUGACAAUUCAAUUAACAUUUAAUUUAAUGCUUUAAAUUAAGAUAAGAUAAUCCUUUAUUAGUCCCAUAACUGGGAAAUUACAGAUAAACAAA